GUGGAUCGGGUUGGCAACAAGACGCAGCAGUAGCCUAUAUCCGCAACAUUAACAGAGCGUGGCUAGCUAGCCUAAUUGAGAUUUAGCUAGUUAUUUAAUGUACUGGGUUCUGUUGGGACCAACUCAUUCAUGAACGGACUCUGCGCGAGUGAAGAGCGAACCACCGUGCGCAAAGAUUGACCAACAUCUGUUCCAUUGUUGCCGCGCUGUAGCCUAAUAAUUAUCCACAUUGAGAAGAGUGAUAUGGGACUCUACGCCUUCUACAUUGGAGAUCUGUCUGUUUCUAUUUGCAACAACCAACACAGAUCUUGUUCAGUCUAAUCUCAAGAGGAGGGAGAAUUAAGCAGCAAGUUUGGCCGAAGUCUCUCCCUAUGGAUUUAGCACUUUCUGUGGCGUGAGCCCCUGGAAAGAAGGAGACGGGCGCGCGAGCCUCAUUCUGACGUGAGAACACAAUCUGGUCAGGGUGAAGUGGACUUUGCGCCCCAGCCGGAAGGAUCAGCUCUACCUCCUUCCCUGCCUGCUCACCACCGAGCUGCUGUCCUUCACGUUUUGGUUGUUUUGAAGGAUUUAUAAGUGCAUCUCCGAGGUUUCCACACGGACACACACUGAAGACAAUCACCAAAGACUAAAAAAAGGAUUGGACAGAAACCCAAAUGAGGAUUCCAAUAUUGACCUCGAUCAAAUGGAACUAGGAUAUUCUGGUGCCUAAUCGAACUUUAUGAAGGAUUGAUCAUUACGAGCAAAGAACGAAAUAAAAGGUAAGAUGAUUUCCUUGAAUCCGCAAGGUUGCAUAAUUAUUUCGUGGUAGUAGGCCUAUGUUACUUUAUUUAGUGGUUACAGUCGACAAGUCCUGUAAACAAUUAUUUUAUUGCAAAAUUGAUUUUAACUCCACACAUUCAAGCCUAUGAAUAACCCUUCUUGCAAAGAGUUCCACGGCUGGUUGUGGUUUUUCUAGAAACAUUAAUUCAGACAAUGUGAUUCUGUUAGCCUAAUGCACGAGUUUGAAUUAAAUUCAUGAUUAUAAAGCCUACUUCGGUUGCAAUAAUGUAUCCCCACCAAUUUCAGUUUGUGAAUAUUGAGCUUGAUUGUUGAAUGUGGCAGUGUCUGCGCAGACACUGCGGCAUAGUUGCACAUUGUCUCCACUGUCAUAUCGAUUUGAUCGACUUUGCGCACACAUGACAUGAUGUUGUUGUGUUUUUCGUCCAAUAGCUUAUGUGAGAAGCUUUUCCAACCGUGCAAUAUAUAUAUAUAUAUAUAUAUAUAUAUAUAUAUAUAUAUAUAUAUAUAUAUAUAUAUAUAUAUAUAUAUCGGUUAUAUCAGUUAGUUUACAAAGAUAGGCUGGCAAUACUUGUAACGCGCCAUAUGAAAAUGGUUGAAGUUAUAGGGAAUUUCUCACGAGGGUCAUCUAGUUAAAAUUUUACAGAACUAGCUGGUUGUUGGAAGGUAACGGAGCAGAAGACAUCGUUUGAUUUAUGACAACAGCAUUGUAACGGUCUAAAGAAAAUAAAUUAACGUAAAUCCUUCACGUGCAUGUUUAACUUUCACUUGGUGCUUUUGACGUAAACACAGACAAAACACUGGACAACUAUCACUUGUUUAUUUCACGCCAAGAUUAGCCUACAUGGGGCCACAUCGAGAUACGCCUACCAUUUACUUCGCUGCAGAUAAACACGCCGUAAAUAACACAACAUAUAGAAAUACAAUUUGUGUUUUUUCCAGUUAGGCUAAAUGGAGAAAGAAUAGAGUUCAUUCAUGGAUAGUUAUUAAACGGUGUGCACCACAGCUAGUGGCGGACUUAGUGAUUUGGAGGCAGAGGCCAGUCGGAGGCCCCCCAUCCAUCCUAUGUGUGUGUGCUUUUUUAUGGGUUUUAUAGUAAAUACAUGUACAUUUAACUGUAAAAAUUGAUUACCUUUUGAUGUGCCAUGAACACAACCAGUAAUUAUGUUUUCAUCUGAUUGUUAAAAAAUCACUUCAAAAAGUAGGUUAUCUUCGCUGCACGUUCAGCCAAACUAAUUCCAGCAUCCAAACAGUGCACUGUGCACCCGCCAACUUUCCUACAAUUCGCAAGUGGCUGAAACUCUCACUGGAGAAAGCAUCCGAGCGAGCGAAACAGCGCCCCUUUGUCUCCCAUGUAUGACAUGCCAUACUCUUUUUGGCCAGACAACCUCAGAUACACUCCUUGUGUCCUCUCUCCUCAUCUCCUUCUCAAAACCCAUUGGAGAAGGUCAGAGGGGAGGCACCUGUCUUUUUACUAAAGAAAUGUGUUAACUUAAGGUAAUUUUUCUGUACCUUUUUUAAUCUUCUUUCUUUCUCUUUCUUUUCUCUGCCCACUCUAAAAGCGCCUCAUUGCUGCAGCUUAAUUUCAAUGAAAGUCACGUUUGCAAUCAUAUCGCAUGAAACAUUGCACAGGAACUCUGUCAGAGUGGAAUAGUCCAUUAUUAUGAACCAAUCCGUGGGUGAUUAAUGACACUUGUUUCUAUUAUUAAUGACAGUUGUUUCUCCUCAAGCAGAGAAAUUAUAUUCAAAAAAUGAUUACUAUUAUUCUUUUUUUAAAAUAAUGCCCAGCUCACGAGGGCCCUUGAUGAUGUUCUCCUGCCCAAUGGUAAGUCCGCCACUAACCACGGCUGCAUGCACAUGGUCUGCAUGGAACACUCCAGGACUGGCGCCUGUGCACAGUUGGCCCGACUUGGUUCAGUUGUCGUCAUCUGGACAAAUCACGAAGCUCAGUCUUGUUCCUGUUGCCAACUGUGGACCCCUGACACGCGAUAAUAAAAAUAAACAACCCCUUUCCAUCAAAUAAAACAUUAUUUGUUGAUCUCAUAAGAACAGUCUGCUCUAAAAUUAUUUGAAUACUCACUAGAUUAUUUAGUGGCCUCAGGGAAAAAUUACACACUUAGGCCUAGGCUUAUAUGUUUUGGCCUGUCUGUUGUGUUGAGUGUGCCUGUGAAUUUGCUAUUGUUGCUCCCCGAUAGCUUCCUGGCAAGUCUCAAGUGUUUUCAUAGUAACGGCCCAUUAUCCAGAAAGGCUGUGCACCUUCCAUUCACAAACAACAGGCUGGAACAGCCACAUAUUCACAGCUUCUAGUUAUUCAUGACGGAGGGGACAGUGGACAAUGUGCUGUAGGCUAAUGACCGGACAGUCAGGACACCUGUUCAAUUAGAAUACAAAGCCAGUCUUAAAGAGGCUCUUUCUAUCUCUACCUAUUCACAGGGCUAUAUAUCACAAACAAGUUCAGUGCUACUUACUGGAAUCACAUGCGACAAUUUUACAUAAUGACUGACUGAUUCUGUGUUGUGUUGUCUUUCAAGGUCCAGUUUUUGGGGUGUGUGUUGAGUUUGCCAAUGCCCGGAAUCGGUGUGUGAGGCCAGGGUUGCCCCUUCAUUCUUUUGCUAUCACACACAUCUGCAAGAUGGUGAAUGUCUACACGGUCUGCAUCGUCAUACUCUGUCUGACUGUUGGACUCCUGGCCAAAGCCAUCGGGUCAGAAGACGGAAAAACAGAAGGUAGGUUGCUCAAUAUUGCCUAAGAUCUGUUGCUCUUAUAUGUUCUUGUGUGUAAUUUCCCCUAUACUAAUGACUAGUCCAAACCCUCUUGAGAAUGAUUUGCUGAUGGAUAACUGGUUGAAUUCUCACUGAGGGAGGUUUCUCAACUUUAUCCAUUGCAGUUUCUUAAAAUACACAUCUCAAGUGUAUCUCUAUAGUGCACAGCUUCAAAUUUCAAGUGAGGUUGCUCAGUUCUGCUCAGACAAGGAAUAAAAUAAACCACCAACAAAAGCUUUAAAAAUAAAAGAACACUUCCCUCAAGGUUCCAUUUAAUUCACUGAAAGAUCUCAUUGAGGAAGGAGAAAAAUGCCUGUAGCUGUAGAGUACAGUAACCCUUUGAUUAAUCAGAUUGGUCUUUCUAUAGGCAGAGCAGCGAGCCAUAGGGAAGGUGUGAUCCAGUCGAAUUCAAGGUGACAGGAAGGAGGAAGGUUGUAAUCAUUUUUGGGGGGUGAGGAGAAGAAGAAAAAGGCUCCCAGUGCUUUUGGUGCUGUAAACCGUGCUACUCGAUCCCUCCAAUACCCUGAGGCUCGGAAGUGUAAAUCUGUCCGUCCCGUCACCAGCCGAGAGAGCCAGGGGAGGAAGGAGAGGAGGAGAAGAGGAUAAGGGGGGGCUUCCAUUGAUGCUUUACAAAUACACACCUGUCUUUGUUUAUUACCUGCCACAGCCAUCCAUUCAGCUCUAAGUAUUGUUAUGAUGUGUGCAGAUUGGCUACAGGCUUGGCAAAUUGCAGCCCUCCAGGUUUACAGGAGCUGGGGUCUCUUUUAAGCCCCUAUACUGAUCACUAUCAGCAAAGGAGGAAGCCUAGUCUAGGGCUAAUUUCAAACACUUUGGUCAAUGUUUUUAUAACACAGUAUUCAAAUCAAAUUGUAUUUGUCACAUGCGCCGAAUACAACAGGUGUAGACCUUACCGUGAAAUGCUUACUUACAAGCCCAUAACCAACAAUGCGGUUUAAAGAAAAUAACAGUUAAGAAAAUAAUUAAUUUACAAAAAAUUAACAAAAAAAACAGAUGUAAAAAAAGUAACACAAUAAAAUAACAAUAACGAGGCUAUAUACAGGGGAUACCGGUACAGAGUCAUUGUGUGGGGGUAAAGGUUAGUAAAUUGAGGUAAUAUGUACAUGUAGGUAGGGGUAAAGUGACCAUGCAUAGAUAAUAAACUGCGAGUAGCAGCAGUGUAAAAAAAAAAGGAGGGGGGAUCAAUGAAAAUACUUUGGAUAGCCAUUUGAUUAAUUGUUCAACAGUCUUAUGACUUGGUGGUAGAAGCUGUUAAGGAGCAUUUUGGACCUAGACUUGGCGCUCCGGUACUGCUUGCCGUGCGAUAGCAGAGAGAACAGUCUUUGACUUGGGUGACUGGAGCCUUUGACCAUUUUUUGGGCCUUCUUCUGACAGCGCCUAGUAUAGAGGUCCUAGAUGGCAGGAAGCUUGGCCCCAGUGAUGCACUACCCUCUUUAGCGCCUUACGGUCAGAUGCCGAGCAGUUGCCAUACCAGGCGGUGAUGCAACCGGUCAGGAUGCUCUCGAUGGUGCAGCUGUAUAACUUUUUGAGGAUCUGGGGACUCAUGCCAAAUCUUUUCAGUUUCCUGAGGGGUAAUAGGCGUUGUCGUGCCCUCUUCACGACUGUCUUGGCGUGUUUGGACCAUGAUAGUUUGUUGGUGAUGUGGACACCAAGGAACUUGAAGCUCUCAACCCGCUCCACUACAGCCUCGUCAAUGUGAAUGUUUGUCCCUCCUUUUCUUGUAGUCCACGAUCAGCUCCUUUGUCUUGCUCACGUUGAGGGAGAGGCUGUUGUCCUGGCACCACACUGCCAGGUCUCUGACCUCCUCCCUAUUGGCUGUCUAAUUGUUGUCGGUGUUCAGGCCUACCACCGUUGUGUCAUCAGCAAACUAAAUGAUGGUGUUGAAGUCGUGUGCUUGGCCACGCAGUCGUGGGUGAACAGGGAGUAUAGGAGGGGACUAAACACGCACUCCUGAGGGGACCCUGUGUUGAGGAUCAGCGUGGCAGAUGUGUUGUUGCCUACCCUUACCACCUGGGGGUGGCCUGUCAUGAAGUCCAGGAUCCAGUUGCAGAGGGAGAGGUUAAGUCCCAGGGACCUUAGCUUAGUGAUGAGCUUUGUGGGCACUAUGGUGUUGAACGCUGAGCUGUAGUCAAUGAACAGCAUUCUCACAUAGGUGUUCCUGUUGUCCAGGUGGGAAAGGGCAGUGUAGAGUGCAAUUGAGAUUGUGUCAUCUGUGGAUCUGUUGGGGCGGCAUGCGAAUUGGAGUGGGUCUAGGGUUUCCGGAAGGAUGGUGUUGAUGUGAGCCAUGACCGGCCUUUCAAAGCACUUCAUGGCUACAGACGUGAGUGCUACGGGGCGGUAGUCAUUUAGGCAGGUUACCUUGGCAUUCUUGGGCACAGGGACUAGGGUGGUCAGCUUGAAACAUGUAGGUAUUACAGACUCGGUCAGGGAGAGGUUGAAAAUAUCAGUGGAGACACUUGCCAGUUGGUCCGCGCAUGCUCUGAGUACACACCCUGGCUGUUUUGAAGCACAAUCCACCAGAAAGUCCAAGGAAUUAUACAGGAUUUACCCCAGUGUUUUGCCCAGAAGGCUCAGACUUUUUGGUUUCCAUCUAUGCGGGCCAGCACCUGUGCCUCACUGGGCCAUGCCUCUGGCGGACCUGCUCUCACUUGGGGCCAAAGCCAGGCCACUGGUACUUUUCAGCCUUCAUUUACAUAACAAUGGCUAACUGUGAAACUUGCUAACAGUUUCUCACAAAGCAACUGUUUUGAUUAUGCAGUGGUUCUUGAUUCUUCUCUUCACGAGUCCUCACUGUCAGCCCUAGCUAUGGAAACACAAUUUCCCUAGUAUAACAUAAGGGUGUACACACUAGCGUAACACUACUGUUACAGUUGAAAAGCAGCAUCAUUAGUAAGGUGAACCCUGGUAGUUUUUCAAUGGGCCUGUUUCUUAAGAGGGUCUACCCAUGACUCCGUGGUCAAGCUGACUCCCGCCAUGGAGAAGUGGUGAAGGUCCCGGGACCCCGCCUAGGGGCCCACAAUGCAGCACUAAGUCCCUGCCAGAAGACAUUUGACUCAUUGGUAAAAAUUCAGCACGGUAACACCACCCAGGAACGUUCCAGUUAGCAACCAGGGAAAUAAAAAAGAGAGAGAACGAGAGAGUGAGAGAACAGAGGCAGCCAUUAUGAAGUUGGUGCAGGAUAAAGUUGGUGAUAUUUUUUUUCUCAGAGGAGGAGUGAAAUGUAUGCCACACACAUAUGUCUGGAGCACAGGCAUCAAUCAGUGUGCUAAUGCAGAACAGCGCUGCUCACACUCAAGCUGACUGUGAUUUAGUGAGGAAUUCAUCCCCUCCAGAUAUGACAUACAGUAGAUCAAAUUAAUUGGCAUCUAGGAUGCUUUGCAUUUUAAGUAGUCAAAGGCCCAGUGCAGUAAAACAUGUGAAUUUUCUAUGUGGUAGGAAUAAUACUGUAAAAUUGUGAAAAUGAUAAUAUGGCCUUUUAGUGUAAGAGCCGUUUGAAAAGAUCGCUUGCAAUUUCAGCCUGUUUUGGUGGGAUGGAGUUUUGGCCUGCCUGGUGUCAUCACCAUGCGGUAAAUUUGUUAAUAGACCAAUAAGAAAGAGAGUUCCAAACCUCUCUGCCAAUAACAGCUAGUUUUAAGUUUUCCCUUCCCCACUCAGACCACUCCCAGACAGUCCAAGCAAAAUUCUUGCUUGAGAAAUGGCUCUUUGCUAAGAAGCUAUUUUUGUUUCUUUUUGACAAUUUUAAUUGAAAACAAUCACAAUAAGGUACUUAAUUGUUACCCAGAAAUGAUUUGAUAUUGAGAUAAAAAAUGGCUGUAUUGGACCUUUAAUCACUGGGCUAUCCUAAUGUGUUUUAAGCAAUGUGGCUACAAUAUUAUCGCUCACUCUUCUACACAUACUGACAAUAUUGCAUUAUGGCAGUUAGUUCUCAGCAUAUCCUUUGUGGUGAAUGGAUACUAAUGUAGAAGACUUACAUUGCAAAAUGUGAAAAUAAACAAACCGUAGCAUACCAUGGAUUCACCCCUAAAGGAACUGUCAUGAAAGAGCAAAGGGCAUCUGAUGGUCAAACGCUCAAACCCAGCGCAGUCCCCCCUGCCAGUCGAGUCACACCAGUGAAAUGUUUUGUGUUGUGUUUGCCCCAUCGACACGGGGUGAAUAUUCACACUCAGCUGUGAGUUCAAAUGAAGGCCACGGGCAGCUCCGAGUCCUCACAAGUUCAUUAGCAUGGCUUUGUUUGCUUGGUGGGGAAUGUUGCCUUUCCAAGCUUAACAGAAAGCGGCACUUUUAAAGUUGCCACAGCUUUUUGUACUGCUCUGCAAAGUAAAGAAACAGUGUGGGAUGGGAUGGUAAGCUAAUGGCUAGAUGGAUCAAUCACAUAGUCAAAUGAAUGGGAGCUUUUCAUUGGACAGGGAGCAUAUAAGGUACUUAUUACAGUGUAAUACAACGGUAAUAAAAUGUUUAGCUAAUUUGAGUUUGAAUUCAACCUAGCUCUCACCUGUGUAUUCCUCCUCCGCCUACCUCGCGUGGAGCAGUUAGAGCGAGCAGCUCAUCAAGCAGGGGGAACAGAUUGCCUUUUACUUACUGAAGUGGCUGCAGGAAGCAAUCAGACAGAAAAUUGGCCUGGAAUUGCACUUUUCAGCAAUGUGACUGAGCGGGCACCCCGCAUAUGGCUGAGGCCAGGGGAGCCCUUAUCGUGACACGUUAGCCCCCAGUUUAUCAGUGCACUCUAUCACCCACCAACCAACCAGUCUACAUUCAAACACAACAACACUGAGAAAUGCGAGAAACAAAUCCUUUUACCGAAAUGUUUAGAUGUAAACUGAGACUGGAGUUUUAAAAACGUUUCUUUUUUACAAUCCCUCUCUCCUCUCUUCUUCUCUCGGUACAGAUUUGACUGUGUCUCGUCCGCUCAUCCUGCCUGGUUAUCCUGAGAACGCUACGGCGGUUGUGGGGGGACAGGUGAAGCUGCUGUGUAAGGUCCACCGGCCGGCAUUCACCAAGGUCCAGUGGCUGAAAAGAGACGGAGAGCGCCUGGGAGCCGAGGGCCAGCCACAUCUCAGAGCUCUGGAGGCCCUACAGAGCAACAUCUCCAAUGUGAACACUCUGUCUCUGAGCAACGUGUCUCUGGAGGAUGCUGGGGAGUACAUCUGUAUGGCUGAGGCCACCACACACGGUGGACACCAGCGACAGUCCAUGCAGUCUGCCUGGCUACAGGUUCUACCAGGUAAACACUUCUUACUAGACUUUGUCCAUCAGGCUAUUGGAUGCUUCCCACAUAGCCUUGUGUUUUAUAGUCGAUUAUGUCCUGAUAGUAAUUGAUUACUAACAACAGAAACGAGUUGGAAGUAUAUUAAUCUCAUACCUUGUCCCUAUAGGGACCCUGAUCUCUCGUUACCUGGACCAGAGUACGGCCAUUGAAGUCCCAGCAGGUAAUUACUAUUGAACUACCUUUAUCCCAGUGGAGUAAAGAGAACAGAGUAUGAGUGAGGAUGACAGGGGCCAUCUGUGUUACUGAGAGGCUGUUUGGUGGGCUGGAACGGGGCUUUCUCUCUGAGCCUGCCUCUUAAACCGCCACUGAACCAUUGCCACCCCAUUGAUUUGUUUCUGAAGGCCAAUCCGCUGUCACACUACAACAUGUUCAUUAGCUACAUUCUUUUUUUCUUUCUUUCCUUCUUUUCUCUUUUCUUUUUUCUUGUAGCUAGCUUGCUCUCACUCCCACAGUGAUCCAUGCUAAACAAAACAAGGAGCAGAGAGAGGUGGAGAGAGGCCUCCCAGUUGCCAUGGCAACCUCUUUUUGUGUGUGUGUCUGGCGGGUCAGGGGAUAAUGGGGGCGAGAGUUGAAAGGUCAUAGUUGAAGGGAUGGCCACUCUCUUUAGAACAAGAUGUGGCCACUGAUUGGCCUGUGUGUGUGUGUACGUGUAUGUGACCGAGUACUCACACGUUUGUUUUUGUCUCUUUGUUAUCCCUGCAGAUGUCCUGGAGGACCUUAGUCAGGACACCACUGAGCACCUGCUUCUGGAACCGGGUGAUGUCCUCAAGCUGCGCUGUGACACCAACCGGCCGGGGGGUGUGUAUUGGUACAAGGAGGGGACCCGGGUGCUGCACACCGCCCGCAUCCAGAUCCGCGGGGGUGUUAUGGAGAUCACGGACGUGACGUACGAGGAUUCUGGGGUGUAUGCAUGUGUCCUCCGCGGGACCAAGGAGCCCCUGAGGAACUUCACCAUCACUGUAGCAGGUGAGGUCUAGAUUUAGAAGACAGAAGAAGUCUCAGCCUUAGAGAUAGGAUGAUAUGUCCAAUGAAGUUAUAGGUUAUAUAUAUUAAUUUCUAUGGUCUUAGUCUCUAUGGUCUCCUGAAUGAUCAGUUAUAAAAAAAAGUUAUUAACUCUUUCCAUGUCUUUAUGCUUCUCAGACUUACUGGGCUCAGGUGAUGAUGAUGAGGACAACGGUCUAGAAGACACAUCGGCUGAGAUUGAAAAUGACCAGGUCUACUUCACAAGAGGUCCCUACUGGACCCACAUCCAGCGCAUGGAGAAGAAGCUGUACGCAGUGCCGGCAGGGAACACGGUCAAGUUCCGCUGCCCGGCCAUGGGUAGCCCUCUGCCCUCCAUCCGCUGGCUGAAGAACGGACGCGAGUUCAGGGGAGAGCACCGCAUCGGAGGCAUCAAGGUGAGACAGUGACCAACCUGAGAGCAAAGACAGUAGGAGAGUGGUUAGGGUGGGGAAGAGAAGGAGGGUGAAGAAGGGAGGGGGAGAAGGACGGUGGUUGCUGUUUUCUUUACUAGUGUAUAACUGCCACAUACUUUGGCUUCAACCCUGGUACCUGACAUUUAGUCUCAAUAGGGAAGUAACACACUGUGAAUCUGUUUACACUGGUUCCAUCAAAGACAAGUUACCAUAGAGGCAGACUAGCACUUCCAAAGCACAAGCCAAUAUAACUUGUAUCCAUAGGAACGAUCCAACACACAACGUACAGACAACUCAUUUCUAACGUGUACGUUUUGUCCGUUUAUAGUUGAGACACCAGCACUGGAGCCUGGUGAUGGAGAGUGUGGUGCCUUCAGACCGUGGGAACUACACCUGUCUGGUGGAGAACAAAUACGGCUCUAUCGUACACAGUUACCUUCUGGACGUACUGGGUAAGAACACUCACUCAUCCACCUCACAACAAAAACCUCACUUUGCCUACCCAACAGUCUGCUGUUUGCUCAUCUGACAUUCAACUCCCAAAGCUGGGAGGGAUAGUAUGGGUAAUGAGCAAAAGUAAUUCCCUCCACCAUUCUCUAAUUCAACCACAUUCCGUCAAACUUGUAACACCAGCCCUCUCUGUCUGUCUCUCCAUAAUGACUGAAAGUAAAGUUGGCAUGAACUUCAUUAUAAAGUCUGUACAUCUAGUCAAUGCUCCAGGGUGUGUGCAGUACUGUAUGGUAUUGUCUUCCCCCUCCUACACCCACCACCCCACUCUAGACAUCUAGACACAGGCCCGUCUCCCCACGGAGCUACUGCCGGCCCAUGAUACUUAGCACGUCAGGCCUGAUUACCGUCCCGUCCCGAUGCUCUCCCCACUCUACCUCAGUGGUGUCUCGCUAGACACAGAGAAACACAGAAAGAGAGAAAAACAGAGGCUCCAAAGCCCACCUCAGACAGAGGGAGGACAGAGCCGGCGGGGAGAGGAGAGAGAGAGCGGACGGCCAGGCUCCCAAACCAAUUUUCCGCCUGACCUGUGACUGGCCAAUUUCUGUAGCUCGGCAGUCCAGUGUGGGGUCAACUGCUGUCUCCAGAAGAAUGCGAGGGGGAAAAGAGCAUGCACACACAGAACGGAGAGAGAGAGAAGCAACGCAGCGACUUCCAAGCUGGCCUGGCUAGAAAAGAAAGUUGCUAAUGAAACCAAUUAGUGAGUCUGACUGAGUCUGGUUGGUGUUGGUUGUGAGAGACAAUGCCUGCUUAUCGGUCCCUUCCCCUUUGGCGCUGCUGCGCUGCGGUCAGUCAAAUGAACACUGGUCAUUACCAUUGGCCUUUCUCUCCAUGCCUGCGAAACACAGCAUUUAGAAAACAAAUAAGACCGAUCUGGCGAUAACCUUGUUUCAUCUGAAUCUAAAAUAUACUGUUAUUUUAGAUUAGUAUUUACUUCAAUGGUUAGGUUAUUUCAGGCAUUCCAGAGUACUUCUGCUAGCUCAGAGUAGGCGAUGUGCUCCGUUGAACAGAGGAAUCUCCCUCUCGUUGUCCCCCACGGCUGAACUUUGAAUUCUUCCAGGCAAGGGGAAUCCUCAUGGCCCUUUGGAGUCUAACGCUCUCUCUCUAUUUCUCCCUCCCUCCCUCUCUCUGUGUUUUCAGAGCGCUCCCCACACAGGCCUAUCCUGCAGGCUGGUCUGCCAGCAAACACUACAGCGGUGGUGGGCACUGAUGUCCAGUUCUUCUGUAAGGUCUACAGCGAUGCCCAGCCCCACAUCCAGUGGCUGAAACACAUUGAGAGGAAUGGCAGCCGCUACGGCCCCGACGGGACUCCCUAUGUUCAGAUACUGAAGACAGGCAGCCUUAACAUGUCGGAGGUGGAAGUUCUCUAUCUGACUAAGGUGACCAUGGAGGAUGCUGGAGAGUACACCUGUCUGGCUGGAAACUCCAUCGGCUUCUCCCAUCAGUCUGCCUGGCUCACCGUCCUCUCAGGUAUGUUUAUACUUCAAACUACAGUAUGGCAACAUAUGGCCAAAGUAAGGAGUUUAUAAGAGUUCAGAAGAAAUUGUCACUUGUGCUUUGGGCCAAGUAUAGUCAACUUACCAAAGGUAUUUUUUAGGGCUGUCAGAGUUCAUCAGUAAACUCAAGUUAACUUUUUGUAAUUUUAGUGCACCGUUUUUUUUAUUGUAAUUAAUUGCAUUGUCGGAAAGCGUUCAAAAUACACUGAAAACAUACAAAAUACAUCAUAUAUACAGCUUUUUGUAUCGAGUUCAGAAGAAAUGGUCACUUGUGCUUGAGACAGUCAGUCUCUAACCCAUCCUCUUAUUUCCUUCUCAUUGUCUUCUCACAGAGGAGGACGUGGCUGACGAGGUGGACCUAAUGGAGACCAAGUACACUGACAUCAUCAUCUACGCGUCUGGCUUCCUGGCUCUGGUCAUGGCCAUCGUUAUCGUGGUGCUGUGUCGCAUGCAGGUGAACCCCAGCAGAGAGCCCUUCGAUGUCCUCCCUGUCCAGAAACUCUCCAAGUUCCCCCUCCGCAGACAGUACUCUGUGGAGUCUAACUCGUCAGGGAAGUCCAGUGCGUCUCUGAUGAGAGUGGCCCGCCUGUCUUCCAGCUGCUCCCCUAUGCUGGCCGGAGUCAUGGAGUUUGAACUGCCCUACGACCCCGACUGGGAGUUUCCCAGGGAGAAGUAAGUCCUCUUUGACUUUCUGGUUUGUUAGGGGUUUUGGUUUAGUUCCUUACUGGUUAUUGAGUCAGUCAUUGAGUUCGUCCAUCUUGAAUAUGUGUUUUGGUUUCUGUUGAGUUCCAUGUAUCUUCACUGUACUGACCAUCAUAUUCCUUCCUAUCUCCAGUCUGACUUUAGGGAAGCCACUGGGCGAGGGUUGCUUCGGUCAGGUGGUCAGAGCUGAGGCCUAUGGGCUCAACAAGGACCAUCAGGAGAACAUGUCCACUGUGGCUGUCAAGAUGCUGAAAGGUACGAACUAGGAACCAUCUUCUUAGGAAAGACUGGACAAUGACUAGGAUUUAUUGUUGACUCUAGUUCCAGAUACACUACAUGACCAAAAGUAUGCUCGUCGAACAUCUCAUUCCAAAAUCAUGGGCAUUAAUAUGGAGUUGGUCCCCCCUUCGCUGCUAUAACAGCCUCCACUCUUCUGGGAAGGCUUUCCACUAGUCGUUGGAACAUUGCUACGGGGACUUCCAUUCAGCCACAAGAGCAUUAGUGAGGUCGGGCACUGAUGUUGGCCGAUUAGGCUUGGCUCGCAGUCGGCGUUCCAAUUCAUCCCAAAGGUGUUUGAUGGGGUUGAGGUCCGGGAUCUGUGCAGGCCAGUCAAGUUCUUCCACACCGAUCUCGACAAACCAUUUCUGUAUGGACCUUGCUUUGUGCACGGGGGCAUUGUCAUGCUUAAACAGGAAAGGGCCUUCCCCAAACUGUUGCCUCAAAGUUGGAAGCACAGAAUCGUCUAGAAUGUCAUUGUAUGCUGUAACAUUAUGAUUUCCCUUCACUGGAACUAAGGGGCCUAGCCCAGACCAUGAAAACCCAGAUUCGUCUGUCGGAUUGCCAGAUGGUGAAGCGUGAUUCAUCACUCCAGAGAACGUGUUUCCACUGCUCCAGAGUCCAAUGGCGGUGAGCUUUACACCACUCCAGCCAAUGCUUGGCAUUGCGCAUUGGUGAUCUUAGGCUUGUGUGCGGCUGCUCGGCCAUGGAAACCCAUUUCAUGAAGCUCCCGACGAACAGUUAUUGUGCUGACGUUGCUUCCAGCGGCAGUUUGGAACUCAGUAGUGAGUGUUGCAACUGAGGACAGACGAUUUUUACGCUCUACGUUCUGUGAGCUUGUGUGGCCUACCACUUUGCGGCUGAGCCGUUGUUGCUCCUAGACGUUUCCACUUCACAAUAAUGGCACUUACAGUUGACCGGGGCAGCUCUAGCAGGGCAGACAUUUUUAACUGCAUUGUUGGUUAAGGGAUUGUAAGGGUUUGUAAGUAAGCAUUUCACGGUAAGGUCUACACCUGUUGUAUUCGACGCAUGUGACAAAUACAAUGUGAUUUGAUUUGAAUUUGACGAACUGACUAGUUGGAAAGGUGGCAUCCUAUGACGGUGCCAUGUUGAAAAUCACGAGCUCUUCAGUAAGGCCAUUCUACUGACAAUGUUUGUCUAUGGCGAUUGCAUGGCCGUGUGCUCGAUUUUUAUACAACUGUCAGCAACAGGUGUGGCUGAAAUAGCCGAAUCCACUAAUUUGAAGGGGUGUCCACAUAAUUUGGUAUAUUUAGUGUAUGUUCCUAAGACUUCAAAUGUGUGUCCCUCUCGUUCCCCAGAUGAUGCCACAGACAAAGACCUGUCAGAUCUCAUAUCUGAGAUGGAGCUGAUGAAGGUGAUGGACAAGCACAAGAACAUCAUUAACCUCCUGGGGGUGUGCACAGAAGAUGGUGAGUUCAAGAUACAAGUUCACAACAGAUAAUGACAACCAAAAGUCAAAAGCUACUAUCUCACUGUUGCUCCUCACUCAUUCGACUCCAGCCCUGCUCAGUGACUUGGUCAUUAAUGGUGGUCCCAUGCCUCCAGGUGUCCAUAGGGAGGGUGGAGUCGAUCACUAACUGUCUCCACUCCCCCAUCAGGUCCUCUGUACGUGCUGGUGGAGUAUGCGUCUAAAGGCAGCCUCAGGGAGUACCUGCGGGCCCGCCGGCCCCCUGGCAUGGACUACACCUUUGAUGUGACCAAAGUGCCAGAGGAGCAGCUCACCUUCAAAGACCUGCUGUCCUGUGCCUACCAGGUGGCACGUGGCAUGGAGUACCUGGCCUCCAAAAGGGUGAGUAUUAUGUCCUAAAGGGGUUUUGUUAGCUUGUAUGUCCAUCUCAAUAUGGAUUAUCAAAAUCUGUAUGUGGCCUUCUAUAGAAUGACUUUGGCCUGAAGGGGUUUAGCCAACAAGCAAGAGCAAGUGGCAACCCCCCUAUUUCCUUCCUUCCUUCCCUCCUACCCCACAACAUACCCUUCCUCAUUCACUAACCUGGUCUCUCUUAUCAACACAUCCCUUUGUAUGACACACCAUCCUGGCAUUCCACAGUGGAGUGGUGGUUGAGCCCUGUUUACCCCUCCAGCCCUCCAUCCCUCCGUCCUGCCUGCCGCACUGGGCUUUGUCCUUUUUAGCACAGCCAUAAAUCUGUUAGCAAACAGGCGCAGAGCUGCGUCUGUGCCCCGGCAUCGGGUUUCUGUCUCUGUGGCCUGCUAAGAAUGCAGUAGUCUGAAACCACCCCACCAUUACGGAGCCCCUGGAAAACCAGGGCUUUCUCAUUUCCACGAAUCCCCAAAUACCACGUCUAUUUGAAAUUAAAACCAAAAUAAACUUAAUGACAUCCAUUCAAGUCCAGCAAACGGGUUGUUUUUCAACAAAACCUCCAGAUCUAUAUAAAGUUGACUUAAUUUGGUGCGUUUGGUUAAAAUUGGACGCUGCGUGUUGACUUAAGAUCGGGUAUUUUCAUUUUAGAAACUCAGAGCGAAUCAUUUCUAUGUCAAUACUAUCUGGUUUUACAUGACUGCAAAAACAGAAAACCGCAAUGUAGACAUGGUCAUGUAAUUGCAAUACUCUAAAUUGUAGAGUAACAUUUCAUAAACAUUUAACAUAAAACUAAAAACUCAGUAUAUCUUUAUGUUCUGACUUAACCCUGGUAUCUCCUCUCUCUCUCUCUCUCUCUCUCUCUACAGUGCAUCCACAGAGACCUUGCUGCCAGAAACGUCCUCGUCACGGAAGACAACGUCAUGAAAAUCGCAGACUUCGGCCUUGCAAGAGGAGUGCACCAGAUCGACUACUACAAGAAAACCACCAACGUGCGUUAUCCUAUCCUGCUAUCCUCCUGACUGGCUCUGUGGCACCUUGUCCCUCUCCAAGUGCCGGUUCCAGGGCUGUGCUGUUGUGUGUCAUCUGGCUGGCCAGCUUUCAGAACAGCCCCUGUUGGUACAUGUAGUCACAGCAGACUGUCUGCUCUCUGUCUAGUGUCCCCCAGUCGGCUUGUGCCUGUUUGCAGCUUUAAUGCUCUUAACCUUUUACUGCAGUGGGCUAAAUCAGCGUCACACAGAGUGAUUCUUGACUGUCUUAAACAAAUCUACUUUGAAACAAAAGUAUACUCCUCACACACGGUUAUGUUUUAUUUUUUUUAAAGAAGACACCUGUACCAUGUCACAUAUAGAGUUGAAAUGUUUUACAUUUUGAGUUUGCAUCCCAAUAUAUUACACUUUACAUACGUCACAGAAGACUGAAAUAUAACAAAACCGUUUGACAUAGAAACACCGGAUUUUCUUCAGGUUUUUUGAAAAAUAUUAAUAACAUUCCACCCACGCGUUUGGUCAUUGACUGCAGGAAAGGGCUACAGACAGAUGUUUGAUGUGUGCCCACUGAUUGGCAGCCAGCUUAAUGGGAAAUCAUUAGAAAAAGCGGACGAGGAAGGGAAGAAGGAAGUAGGCGAAAGAGAGGAGGAAUGGGGGAGUGGGGGAAUGAUGUAUAGACGACUGGAUGAAAGGCUGGAACUAAAAAGACACUUCGGCUCUGGCAUCGUGGCAACCAACUGACUCACUGACUGUCCACCGCUCACUAACGUUGUUGUUCUGUUUUGUAGGGACGUCUGCCAGUGAAGUGGAUGGCGCCAGAGGCCUUGUUCGACAGAGUCUACACACACCAGAGUGAUGUGUGGUCGUUUGGGGUGCUGAUGUGGGAGAUCUUUACCUUGGGGGGCUCGCCGUACCCCGGUAUCCCUGUGGAGGAGCUCUUCAAGCUGCUGAAGGAAGGCCACCGCAUGGACAAACCCUCCAACUGCACACAUGAACUGUGAGUAGACACACAUAAGUGCACACCUAAACUUAUCAAACACACGCCAUAGCCUUCUCACCUUUCAACUUUAAGUUGUACAUUGACAUGUAUUACAGUGUGUUUCAGAAGCUUUUUUUUGUCCCUCUCCUGUGCUGCAUUUGCAUGUUUGUAAAUGUGAAAAUGCUGUGGAUGUGUGUAAAUACCCUGGUACUAACUUGCCCUGUCUGUCUAUGUGUGUGUGUGUGUGUGUGUGUGUGUGUGUGUGUAGCUACAUGAAGAUGAGGGAGUGCUGGCAUGCCAUGCCCACACAACGACCCACCUUCAAACAGCUGGUGGAGGAGCUGGACAGAGUGCUGCUGUCUAUCUCUGACGAGGUGGUUGUCUGGGACCCCUGUUCACACACACACACUUACACAUACACAAUCUGCUCGCCAGAUGUUCUGUUCCAACAUACUGUUCCAGCUAUAGUUUAGUUUAUUACUAUAAGACACCCUGUAGUUUGUACACAGCACAUAGUCUCAGAUAAAAUGUCAAACUUACUAUACAUCACACAUCACAAACGUCAAGCUUAAAAUACAAUACAAUAAAUAACACAAAUGCAAAGCGUUACCAAACUGAACAGUUUCUCUCCUGCUUCUUUUUCUUAGUACCUGGACCUGUCGACACCUUUCGAACAGUACUCCCCAUCGUGCGAGGACACCUCCAGCUCUUGCUCCUCGGACAAUGAUUCUGUCUUUACCCACGAUGCCCUGUCCACCGACCCCUGUCUGCUGGGUUACCACGACGUGAAUUCUCGGAUUGACCCGAAAACGGCACUGCGGUAG